UACAUGACGUCGCACAUGCAGAAGAACAAGAAGGACUAUGCGUCGCUGCGCGGCCUGACGGCCAUGGUGGUCAGGCGGCGCAAGCUGCUCGAGUACCUGCUCCGCGAGGACCUGUCCGAGUUCCAGCGGCUCACCUCGGAGCUGGGCAUCCGCACCAACCAGCUGACCAAGCCCAAGCUAUCGGGCGCGCGCGGCCGCAGGGUCUAG